AUGGCGCCGCCACGAUCGGUACUGGUCUCAAAAGCUCUGUCCCGCCUCCUACGACAUGCAGCCGAGCAAGAGCGUGUCCCAAUCGAUGAGAAUGGCUGGGUCCGCGUCGACCAUGUCUUAGCAUGGCGCGGCUUAAGCAGCUUCAAGCCUAGAGUGGAAGUUCAGGAAAUAAUGGAUGGCGUCAGGGAAAGCGAGAAGGCGAGAUUUGGUUUGAAGUACUCCGGCAAACAGGACUCCAUCCAGGAAGACAUCGUCGAGUCGGACACAGCCAAAGCACUGAGAAUGUUUGAUGAGGGACAGGACACAGAGCCAAAGAGAUUUCUGAUCAGGGCAAAUCAAGGCCACAGCAUCAAAGCAGUCAAUGAGGAAGGGCUUCUAACGCCACUCACGUUGCCCGAAAAAGUCAAGACCACCACUAUCAUCAGUCAAGAUGCGAAUGCGAACGAGAACAAUGCUAUCAACAGCAGCCCUAGUCUUCCACCAACAGUCGUCCACGGCACAUUCUACGCUGCGUACGAAGCAAUCCUCGCUGAAGGGCUCCUCAAGAGCAUGAACCGCAACCACGUGCACUUCAGCAGUGGCCCUCCUCUCGAGAUCGCGAGGGGUUCUGAAGUUGCAAGUGCUGAAGCUAUGAUGGAGAAGAUGUCACCGCAACCUGCCUCAAACGGCAAUGGCGGCGUCGCGGCGCAAGGCAAGUCGAGGCAACAAUCGAAGUUGGCAAAAAUGAUGGCGGAUGCAAAGGUCAAGAGUGGUAUGCGUCCCGACGCAGAGGUCCUGAUCUAUAUUGAUCUCGAGAGAGCGCUGAAAGCUGGCAUGAAAUGGUGGCGCAGCGAGAAUGGCGUUAUACUGACCGAAGGUCUCACUACGUCACCAACGCAGACAACAGGUGUGUCUGCGGUGACCGAGGGGAAUGCCACACAAUUGGAUAACGUGACAGAAACGGGGAAGCGCGAGCACGCAGAGGCUCCCUCACAGCCGACCCUGGCGGCCACUGGGAUAACCACGGAUUUUUGGCUUGAGGUGGUCGAGGUCAAGGAAGGCCUAGGAACACUCUGGAAAGACGGAAAAGUGGUGCAGGAGCUCCCAGAGCGACUCAAAGGAAGAGCUCUGCCAAUUGGAAAGGGGCGGAGAGGCGGUCGUGGUGGCGGCGGAGGCCGAGUUGGUCGCGCGAGAGGCGGUGGCGGCAAGCAUCACAGGGACUGA